AUGCUUCUUAAUACACCCUCUCGAAACAUGCUCCGUGGCUCAUAUCCAAAGCAAUGGUCACAGUGUAUCUCUUCCCCCACAAAGGUCGCAGUGACGCGAUACAUGCGCACGUCUUCAAAAUAUAGCAGCUCUACAUCUACGCCCGUGCCAUUUGAAAAUCAGAAAACUGGAGCCGCUGGGUAUCUUCUAACAAAGGCGGACGAGUUGGUUAACUGGGGAAGACAAGGAUCCGUUUGGCCUUUAUCAUUCGGUCUCGCCUGUUGUGGAAUUGAAAUGAUGCAUACAUCAAUGCCGCGUUACGAUCAAGACCGACUGGGCAUUAUUUUCCGUGCCUCGCCACGCCAGGCAGAUGUCAUGAUUGUGGCCGGUACAGUAGUCAACAAGAUGGCACCAGCAUUGAGGCUACUCUAUGAUCAGAUGCCCGAACCUCGGUGGGUGAUUGGCAUGGGCAGUUGUGCCAAUGGCGGAGGAUAUUACCACUACAGCUACAAUGUUGUACGCGGUGUGGACCGUAUUGUGCCUGUCGAUAUUUAUGUGCCUGGGUGUCCACCAACUGCAGAGGCUCUUCUGCAGGGUAUUUUUCUUCUCCAAAAGAAGAUGCGGAGGACGCAAGUAACGAGGAUGUGGUAUAGGCGCUGA